GCCGACGUGCCUUCUACUGUUUUGAUUCCUCCACAGCUAGCUAGCAGCAUUUCCGUGUUAUGUGGCGACCGUAAACAUAUACACAACCAGCCUGUUUGUGUCAAGUUCCUGUUUGGCAAAAUGAUCCGCUAAGUAGGAUGGUGGUAAUAAAUAGGCCUGAACAGUGGCAAUUAAAAAAGUAUGAAAACUGUCGUCUCAAGAACAUUUUACCAACGAAACGCAGAUAAACUGGAGACACCAGAACAGCAGCAAAUUAUGGGAGAACUUUGUGAACAUCCUCGGUUUAUUUAAAGAAGCAGCUCGGUGGAGCUCGGAUUGAACGGAUCCUCAAUCAUCCAGGGAAGUAAAUCUCCAAAAAGUUGAUUCUGUUCAUCUGGACGUAGCGUUUGUGGGAGAAACGUUUCGUCACUUGGAUGAUAGCUCGGAUUUAGUUUCUGACAGCACACUAGCAGCUAACUUCUGUUUUCUGAACGACAGGAACACGGCUGAAUUGUAUUUCCGGUGCUCUUUGGCUGCUUCUCAGCUGUUCCUGUUCAUUUCUUUAAUUUUCUAGCUGGUAAGAGUCCUUUAAAAGAAAGUUCAGGCGAGCAGUGAUGCUGGUGCUGAUAUAUCUGUGAUGCUGAUCCAGUCUUGGGAUUUCUUCCCGUCGUUGCUUGAUGAUGUAUUAAAAAUAAACUUGUAUGUUACAGAAGCUUCAGCACAAUCCUUCCUGCAGUAAUGACACGCACGCUUUAACCUGACAGUCACCUCUUGUUUCUCUGCAUUUCCACUUUUGUUCCUCGUUUGUUCCUCUUUAUCUCUUAUUGUUGUUUUGUCUCAUACGUAUCAGCAGCUGCAGAUAUUCCUCUUCUCAUUUCUUGCUGUUUUCUUUAGGCUGAUGAAUCCCUGAAGCUCGUUUCGCCCGCUCGCUGCCUGGACACCAGCCUCAGACCGGAUGACAGGAGAUGAGACACUGGAGGCCUGGACCACAUCAUGAGCAUUCAAAGCCUACAAGGAGCUAUCGGGGAGUCUCUUGGCUCUAGUCUCACAGUGCGCAUGAGUGGAGCAGGUGGCGGGUGGAACAGCCUCUCCCUGAAACCCGUUUCCCCGGGCUGGAUCGCCUCCGUUUUCCACACCAUGGUCCCGACCGGUUACACCAAGCUUCAGGAGGAGCGGUUGGCCAUGGUGGACCUUGGAGCUAAAUCUGAGGCCAGCUCACUCCAGAACGGGUACAGACAGGAGACGUCUCAUAUCGAAGGUAGACGGGUUCUGGAGCGCGCCUCUCGGGCCUCUUUGACUUUAGCAGACUGUGGCGAUGGCGACUGCUCGGAGACGGAGCCUAUGCUCACUGAGAGGAGGCUCUCAGGUGAAGAGGCGGAUGGGGAGGAGGAGGAGGAGGAGGAAGGGCUGGGAUCGAACACGCAGAAUAUGCCAAAGGAGUCAGUGCUGGCUAUGGCGUUUCAGAUUUUGGUGCCUUUCCUUCUUGCCGGGUUUGGAACCGUAUCAGCUGGGAUGGUGCUGGACGUUGUGCAGCACUGGGAGGCGUUCCAGUACAUCACAGAGAUCUUCAUCCUGGUGCCCGCUCUGCUCGGCCUCAAGGGAAACCUGGAGAUGACUUUGGCCUCGAGGCUGUCCACAGCGGUCAAUGUGGGCAAGAUGGAUUCUCCCAUCGAGAAGUGGAAUCUAAUCAUCGGGAACCUGGCACUGAAGCAGGUUCAGGCCACUGUUGUGGGUUUCCUGGCGGCCGUAGCAGCCGUGGUUCUUGGUUGGAUUCCAGAGGGGAAGUUUCAGAUGAGCCACGCUGUGUUGCUCUGCUCCAGCAGCGUGGCCACGGCCUUCAUAGCCUCCCUGCUGCAGGGUAUCAUCAUGGUGGGGGUAAUUGUGGGCUCGAAGAAGACGGGGAUUAACCCAGACAACGUAGCCACACCCAUUGCAGCCAGUUUUGGUGACCUCAUAACCUUGGCGAUCCUGGCCUGGAUAAGCCAAGGCUUGUACAAGUGCCUGGAUUCCUAUCCGUAUGUGUCGUCGUUGGUUUGGGCCUUCUUCAUGUGUCUGACUCCGCUGUGGAUCGUCAUCUCCUCCAAGCACCCCGCCAGCCGCACCCUGCUCUACUCAGGAUGGGAGCCCGUCAUCACUGCUAUGGUCAUCAGCAGCAUCGGAGGGCUCAUCCUGGACAAAACGGUGUCUGACCCAAAUCUGGCCGGCAUUGUAGUGUACACCCCCGUUGUCAACGGUAUUGGAGGUAACCUGGUGGCUAUUCAGUCAAGCAGGAUCUCCACCCACCUUCAUUUCCACUGUGCUCCUGGGGAAGUUCCCGAUGAGGCCAAGGGCUGCUACUACCCCUGCCGCACAUUCUGUGGUAAAGGCGCCAAUCAUCGUUCUGCACAGAUGCUCUUCCUUUCAGCCAUCCCCGGUCACCUGAUUUUCCUCUACGCCAUCCACUUCAUGAAGAGUGGCCACACAACCCUGACGCCCAUCUUUAUGUCUGUCUACCUGGCUGCUGCUAUGCUGCAGGUCCUGCUGUUGUUGUGUAUAGCAGACUGGAUGGUGCACUCAAUAUGGAGGAGCGGCAAAGACCCAGACAGUUUCUCCAUCCCUUACCUGACAGCGCUGGGGGACUUGUUGGGCACCGCCCUGCUGGCGCUCAGCUUUCACUUCCUGUGGCUCAUAGGAGAUCAGGACAGCGACGUGGGCGACUGAACGCGUGCCACCUCUCCGUCUCUAACGCCCUUAAGCCUUGAUGUGCUGCGGUGCUCCCUGUUGCUGGUCAGCACAUUCCUUAACUUCACAUCCUGGAUGAGACUUUUAAUCUACACGAUGGUUUAAAAAUUGUUCCUGUUUAUUUCUACAUGCAAACCACGUCGUACUCGUUAAGUUUAUGUUUUUGUGUAGCGAUUGUGACCUGCAUCAUUUGCACCAAAGCACUGCUGGUCUUGUUCGCUGGAGCAGCACCAGCCAGCGCCCACAAACCUGAAGAAACCUUUGGACUCUGCAGCCCAGCAUCAGUCAGAGGCCUUCAGUGAAAAAUUAAAAACAUGUCUUAUAUGUGGAAUAUAUUUUGGGGAUUGUGUCUGCCACCAUAGUAAGAUCAACAAGUGAAGCCUGGAGGGACUGUUAGCAGAACGUGUGACUGCUGCAGACUCGAGAGCUUGUCCUGAUGGUACGAAACGUUUACUUGUGUGCUUUUGUUUUUAUUUGUUUCAUGGUUUAUGUUGGAUUUCUCUGUUCUCUGCAUAUUUAAGAGACGUUCCUCUCCUGUUGUACCCGCGUUCUGUGCACCAAUCAGCUGUGAGCUGGACAUGUGGGGCCGCCUUGUGGUGUGUGGCCUUUUAAGAGGGCGUCCCCGUGGAUCCCACUCUGUCUGACCAGUCUUGUGGAGAGCCACUGCUGUCACUUCCUCUGUGUUCUCAGUGUUUUGUGGAUCGGGGACCAAACGUCUGCUCAGCAUCGAUGUACCCGUCUUUGUUUAAGUUUUAAACCAAGAAUCAUCUUCUUAAAGAUGCUCGUGUUGGAAGGUGAACAGGGGUCAAAACAGAUUAUGCCACAUUGCUGAUAGUGGGUUUGAUUAAGUCCUGACCCACAAGCUUAACAGCCACAGCCUACCUGGAGCAGGACCUGGUGUUGGUGGAGGUGUUGGUGGAGGUGUUGGUGGAGGUGUUGGUGGGUUCUGGUCUUUUCUUUUGUUGCUAUUCCAACACCUACACUCACAGACUGAAGUGACAGGAAAGCAUCAGGUGUUGUAUAAUCUAAGAUGUACUACUGAUGCUACUUUCAGGGUUAAUGUUUAUUAAGUUACUCGUGAGAUUACCAGUAACAUACCUGUCGUAGUCUGUUUACGUUGUAGACUUCAGUUGGCUGAGAAAACGUUACAUUUACCAAACACAUUGUUUAGACCUCACACCGGAAACCUGACAACUGUAAACAUUACAUACGAGCACUUUAACGCCCUGUGCAGGCGUGUUCAGGUGAUUAGUACAUGUGCACGUGCUUCAUGCUUCAAACGAGUGAGCAGAGAAGCACAGACGUUACGAUAAUCAGCCUGCGAGUGCGCAGGGACACUGAUAAUGAUGCAGCCAGUUUUGAACUAAGUAUCAGGAGCUAUGAGCAGCUCGUCUGACGUAUUCAGGAUUAAUAAUGUUUCAGAGAGCAGGGAGUGUUGUACAUCACUCUUUACUGUCACAAUGUCACGUAACCCUUGGUAACCCACAACGCCAACCACCACACAGCUCCGCCCCCCAGAUCAGAUCUUGUGCCUGUGUCAGCGCGCCCUCUGACCUCUGUUUGACCUCUCUUCCUCGUGUAUGAUCACUCUGAUGCUGGUUUACAAUUCCACUGUUUUCCUUCAAAGACCAGCCCGUCCCCGCAGGAACCUGGCCAACGUGGGAACACGGAGCGUUCUCAUUACGAGGUCCCCACGAGCUCCGUCACCACCGUCUCAUAAACAGUCCAGACCGACGCGGCGGGCACAGGUUCAACUACAACAACCGUUCUCUUUGUUGGGAGCCUCGCCGCUCCACCUCGGGCAAACCCAGAGCAGCCUGAAUGUUUGUAGCACCUGUACAAAAAUAGGAAAUACUUUCAUUUGGGUCACUUUAAAUAAAAUCAUCACAUUUUUUUCGUCCUGUCAAUUAUGAUCCAGAAUUAAUUUCUGCUUUUUGCGAGACAAGGUUUGUGAAACAGAGUGGGACCACUGGCCUUCCACGGUGGAUGAUCACAUGCUGUUUACACGACCAAUCAUCAGUUCUCCUGAUUGAACAGCAGAUUUCACCUCGAUUCUUUUUUCCGAAUGUAUUGUUUCAUUAUUCAGAGAGCAGCGAUUCAGCCGAGUCCGCCUGAUGGGAAAUCAUUCCCUGUAGCUCCUCCGGGAAUGAGAUGGGAGAUUAAACCCACUCGUUGAAGUGAUCCUGAAGCGUAUGUGAACGUAGCCAGUGGUUCUCUUUAAACCCAAAAUGUGCCUCUCGAGAUUUACUGGUUGACGAGGUGUUUUUCACUCUGUCACACCAUUAAUGCAACUUUCUUUCUCCUGUAUUGUAACACUGUGCAAUGAUCUUCUUUUGUACUCAGUUUCUGAAGAGUUUCAUUCCAGAACAGCACAUCCACCAUCCGAACCGUGGGAAACUACGUGCAGAUAUCUCGGAUUGGGACUGUUUUUUGGAAUGAAACCCUUUGUUUAGGUUUGUGGCUCAUAUGGGCCAGAAAUGACUCAAAAAUAAUAAAUAUCCUUGAUUUGAAAAGCA